AUGCUGCAUAGAGAGGCCCUCGUGGCAAAAGAUGCAGCGGAGGCAAUCCCCAAGUUCGACAUGGUGGACGGGCUGAUCCGUCAAGUCGCAGAGUAUCUCGGCCGUUCCAGCCCCUGGCACCAACGAUUUUUGGAGCUGCAGGAACUCUUCACGGCUACAAAUCUGGAGCUUCAAAGCAUUCAUCAAGUCCGCUGGCUCUCCAGGGGUGAUGCCGUUCUGCGAACGGUGACGGUCUUCCCUGCGCUCAUCGUCAUGCUGUUUGAGUGGGACAAAACUCUGUACGAGCUCGCCACCAGCUACAGGUUCCAUUUCUUGUUGUUCUUCCUUGCAGACGUGCUCGAGCAGCUGGACAUCUUGAACAAGUCCUUCCAGCAGCGAGAGGUGAGCAACAAGUCCUUUCAGCAUGUGCUGCACUUCUCAUGA